UUAAAAAAAAAGGAAAAAUAAAGAGAACACACAAUGUCACUCUCUCUUCUUCACCACUGCCCACAACUCACUCUGCAUUUCCAAAAACACCAUCAUUCAACAAUCCAAAUCCCGCUUGUCAAAUCACCAAAACCCAUUUUCCAAAACCAUUUUUCAAUAAAACCCAAAAUCUUCGAAAUCAGAUCAAUUCAACCAAACUCAUCACAACCAUCUGUAACUCAUCAUCAUGAUCCCAAAUGGGAAAAUAUGUUAUCAGGUUUAGCAAGCUUGUAUCCUGUAUAUGUGACACUUGGAGGUGUUGUUGCUUGUUUAAAGCCUUCAACUUUUUCUUGGUUUGUAGAAAGAGCACCUCAUUCAUAUAGUUGGUCACUUGGGUUUAUUAUGUUGUCAAUGGGUCUUACUUUAGAGUUUCAAGAUUUGGUCAGUUUGUUCUUGGAAAGACCUCUUUCUAUAGUCUUUGGGUGUGCUUGUCAGUACACAAUUAUGCCGGCUUUUGGAUUUCUGAUAAGCAGAUUGUUGGGGCUCUCACCGUCUCUUUCAGUUGGUCUGAUAUUGCUUUCUUGUUGCCCUGGAGGUACAGCCUCUAAUGUGGUUACCUUGAUUGCUCAAGGAGAUGUACCAUUGUCUAUUGUAAUGACGGUAUGUAGUACUCUUGGAGCAGUGAUUCUUACUCCUAUUUUGACAAUGGUUUUGGCUGGAACUUAUAUUCAUGUCGAUGCCAUCAAACUUUCCAUCAGCACCUUGCAGGUGGUUGUUGUGCCUGUUCUGCUGGGGUCUUAUCUGCAAAGCACCUUUCCCCGGGCUGUGAAAACUGCACUACCUUUUGCACCACUACUAGCUGUUUUGACCUCCUCUCUAUUGGCUUGCAGUGUAUUUUCUGAAAAUGUCGGCCGUUUGAAUUCUUCAAUGGUUCUUACAUCGUUAUCAUCCAAUACCUCCCCCCUUCUUUUCGCUCGAGCCUUUUUAUCAAGCGAAAUGGGAAUGGUCAUGCUUUCAGUAUUUUUACUUCAUAUUGCAGGUUUCUUUGUUGGGUAUAUAGCAGCAACUCUAGCUAGAUUUAAAGAACCACAACGACGUGCGGUAUCCAUUGAGGUUGGAAUGCAGAAUUCAUCUUUGGGAGUCGUACUAGCGGCAUCACAUUUCAACUCGCCUAUGGUUGCAUUACCACCUGCGGUUUCUGCUGUGUUAAUGAAUAUUAUGGGUAGCAGUUUGGGCUUCUUUUGGAGAUAUGUUGAUCCUUCUGAACCACACGGUAUCUCCAAUGAUUGAUUAUUCAGUUCUUGUUUUGUAUCGUCUAUAACCAGGUAGGUUUCCUAGAUCGUCUUGAUAAAUAAGUGGGGGAUUUGUAUCAACUUGUUGUAAGGUUAUUCAAAAGAUGAUUAGUUUAAGCCAUGAAUAUAAUGUUUUUUCUUAAUCUUAGUGAGAGAUUGUAUGUAAAUGUAUGUAUUUCAAGAUUUCUGGUGUUCAUUACCUGUUA